UAACAGCAGCUGGGGAAGCGAACCACUUCGUUGAACGAGGAUCCGUGGAAAAAUCUCUGUGAAAGUGUAAACAGACGAGAUAACAGCUGAAUUAAACUGCUCUGAAGCAUUGUUACUUUGUCAACUGAAUAACGGAAACGGUCGUCGCUUUUCGCCGGUACGGAGGAUAAUACAAAACUUCCCAAAGAGGAAUUCUUCAUUCGGGAUGUCGGAGUGAAACAAAGAGGUCUGGGGGCAUUCCUGUCAGAUUGGGUCACAGUUGCAAAUGAGAACUUGUUCUCAACUAGCCUACAUGGUUAAAUAAAGGGUUGAACUUCAUCUUUGUGGCCUUCUCUGAAUGGGAAAGAUGGAAAGGGAGUUACAAUGGUGGAAAGGACAGCUAGCAGGGGAUAUCCAUCAGUCCCUCCGCAUCAAGGAGUUGAAGCUGCCUGUGUACCGGGCCCACUCCCCUCAGAUAGGGAUGCGUCGGUACUUUGCGGACCUGCUGGCCAUACUGUCGAACCGCUACCAGCUGUGUCCCACAGCCAGACACCUGUCUGUUUACCUGCUGGACCUGUUCAUGGAUCACUACGAUGUAGCCGUCAAACAGCUCUACGUCAUCGCUCUGUCCUGCCUGCUCCUCGCCAGUAAGUUUGAGGAGAGGGAGGACCGGGUACCUAAGUUGGAGCAGCUCAACUCCCUGGGCUUCAUGUGUUCUCUGAACCUUGUUCUCAACAAGCGAGACCUCAUGAAGAUGGAGCUGCUGCUGUUGGAGACGUUCAGCUGGAACCUGUGUAUGCCCACCCCGGCCCACUUCAUAGACCACUACCUCCAGGCCUCGGUGCAGGAGGGAGACCUGUACAACGGCUGGCCUCUCUCCUCCCUCUCCAAGACCAAAACCUUUAUGGACAAGUACACACACUACUUCCUGGAGGUGUCACUGCAAGACCAUGCGUUCCUGAGUUUCCGGCCGUCUCAGGUGGCGGCAGCGUGCGUAGCGGCGUCUCGUAUCUGUCUCCAGAUUUCUCCUAGCUGGACCACGUCUCUACACCUACUGACUGGCUACACCUGGGGCCACCUCACACACUGCAUCAAACUCAUGCUGCUUGCACAUGACAGCGACGUGAAGGAGGCCAACAAGCCCAAAUCCACCCCUCCGUUGUCUCGAUCCGCCUCUCUCCAGUCUCACCCUCCUCUCUCCCACCUCUCACCGGUCCCAGCCAUCCAGAGUCCAGCUACCUCCUCCUCCUCCACCCCCCAGCAGCUCUUCUUCCAGCCCAGCCCAGUGGGCUUCCCACACCUCUCCCCCUCCCUGUCCCAGCUCCACGCGCUAGCCGACUCCCAGGCUCUGGAGCCUGCUGGAGUCAACAUGUCCCAGGACUUCCUCCAGAGCCACAGGAUGGGGCUGCUCACCGGGGCCAACCCCAUGACCUCCAGAGCAGGGGCCUUCCCCUCCUAUCCGAGCCUGACUUCGGGGCUGCAGCCUGGGGCUCGGGUGGCACCGCUGUCCUUGCAGGGCCCCAUCUCCAUGCAGGUAGCCUUGGCUGCGGAGCCGAGACACUGCCUCAGCAUGGCCUACAGCCGGGGGUACCUGGGGGGCGUAGGCCCCCACCACACCUUCACGGCAGCGGGCUGCUUCGACAGAUGACGCCAGGAGACCGAGGGGAGGAUGAACAGCAAACCACCCCGAGCCAGGGACAGGGAACGCUGCAAUCCUCUCCCAUCACUACUUCCUCCUCCUCUCCGGUCCCUGGCAGACCUCCUCACUCUCUCCAUCAGCACCCCGCCCCCCUCCUCGGCCGCCCCUUGCCCCGCGCCCCCCACCUUCAGACAGAGACGGAGAGAAAGACUGCUCAAACGCAAGCAAAGGUCGAAGGGCACCGAUGACCCCAUGGAAGUCAUCACGCUGACAUGAUGCCCCUGACUGUUGUUGGACACUGUGUUCUAAUCACGUCAUAGGAACGUGAAGCCAAGGCAGAAGCAUUGAAACUGUGGAAUGGUCACGGUAUGUCCCUGGUUACGAUGCUGUUAUCACUGUGAACCAGAGGCUAUGCAGCAUGGUUCCUCCUCAGUGCCUCCUGGGUUUUGACCAGAGUGAUUUCUGUCUGUGAAUUCAGCUGAAGAUGAAGUGCUGCUCGAUCUCUCUCACUGUAAUCAACUCCACUGAAGACGAGAAAUAGGCCAGUAAAUUAAAGUUUUGAGCUGCUGACUUGGGAACAGUGGUAUGACUUGUUAUAAGCAGACAUACCAGUGAGUUGAAGAUGCUAUGCCACGUGCUAUGUGUGUGUGUGUGUGUGUGUAUUGGCUUUAUAUCACUCUUAUGACAGUGAAUAACGGGAUUAUGUCACUAAGUGCUACAGGGAGCCCUCUGAGUAUUCCUACCCAUAAUCCUCAAUGGAUGGAUAGGGAGGGUAGGCCAGAGUUCAUUGUUCUGUCACUGCAGAGGAAUUCCACAGUUAACAUACCUGUCAUGUUUUGGUUCUCUUCCCAUCCUCCUUCCUUUGGAGCGAGAGAGUGUAUUAAUGUAAGCAUUCUAAUUCUAUGCUUGGAACUUUGUGUACAUAAUGACAUGCUGCUGCCUUCUAUAUGAACUGAUGGUUCUGUGUGAGCUGAAGACUAGUUUCCAUGAACCACAGCGUGUAUCAGGGACUUGAUGUAACACAUUACUUGAAUACGAUGCCAUUGAAACGUGACGUAACUUUUUUAAUUUAAGUUUUAUGUUUUAUUUUGUAUUCCUUGGUUGUUUUUGGUUUUUAUACCGGUGUGAAACACUUUUUUUUAAUGUUUAUUUUAAAUGUAAAAAGCCAUUGUAUAGUGACUGAAUAUUCAGGCUCAGGUUGGUUUUUGUUGUUGUUUUUUUACCUUUAUUUAACCAGGCAAGUCAGUUAAGAACAAAUUCUUAUUUUCAAUGACGGCCUGGGAACAGUGGGGUUAACUGCCUGUUCAGGGGCAGAACGACAGAUUUGUACCUUGUUAGCUCGGGGGUUUGAACUCGCAACCUUCUGGUUACUAGUCCAACGCUCUAACCACUAGGCUACCCUACCGCCCCAGGCUCAGGUUGUUAGGCUGAGGAUAUCCAAUCAGCUGUUUUCUUACUAUUUUGUGUGCUUUAAGUAGAUGCUAGCAUGGCACCCAAGAGGAUUUCUCACUUCUCUCCCAGAGGAAGAGGUCCUGCCUUUUUUAAAUGACAUACUAAGAUAUAUAAAACACACUGAUGGUAUGCGUGACCUCGCGGUCGAUGAAACACACAGCCCAUCUGCAGCUUAUCACUAAUUGCUUCCCACAUUUCCAAAACUUCCACUUCCUGCUGGAACGUAAACACAUCCAGAUUCCCCUUCUUGCGUCACAGGCGGUCUCGCUGGUUACCGUGGCAAUGGCCAAAAAUCUAAAUCAGGGGCUCACUCAGAAGGACAGUUGGAAGGUUACAGAAUGUUUAGAUGCCCAUAACUGAUCUAAACAGCACGUUUCUAUCUGUUGUGUAGAGCAGAGAAUGAUGGAAGCUCUAGAAAUCACAUUUCUAUCUGCAACAGUGUUAACUUCUGGUCCUUCUCUGUCGGUAUGCUUUGAAUGUGUACAUUUUUACUAUGGUUGUACCUUGUCCCCAACAGUUUUCAUACUUCAACUAUCCUGAUACUACUACGGCUGUGUUCUGAUUCUCAAUGUUCUGGGCUUAGAUAUCGAGACACUUUCAUUGAACACUGUGAAGCCUGGCUUCAAGCAAGAUAUCUAGCAAGCAUUUUUUUUUUACUACAAAUGGAAUGAAGGGCUUAGUAGGAACCAAAUGCAUCUUCCUGACUGAUCUUCUGAACUGUCAAUCCCACUCACUGUAUGGUCAUCACUACUUUCAUAGACAAAGGGAUUCUUCCUUUUAACUUUGUAUAGUUUUUUUUUAAGUGCAUUUUAUUUAGUCUUGUUCUUGCUGUGUUAAUAAAGAUGGAUGCGGUCGGUGUGGAGUACUAGGUCAUUCAUUAGGCACCAAACGGAAGAAGACUGACACAGGAAGGGACUAAAUAAGCUUUUUCUUUAUUGGACAAGUUCGUUUUGGCUACGCUAUGACCUAUUGAAUAAGACCCUGUUUUAAGUAAAAGUACUCCCUUCCCUCACUAAAAAGCCACUUCUCUCACUGAGGUCUCAAGGUUGUUUUGUUGAUAGAACCAUAGCAUUAGAAUAAUUCAUUCUGUUUAUGGCGAGAAGUCUUCUCACAGCCAUCACUACUGGUUCAUCUUUUAGGACUUAUUCUUUGACAUGAUUUUGUGAUUUGACUCCAUGUUGGUCCUUGCUGCCAGAAAGCAGAGAGCUCUGAACACAUAACUAUGUUGCAUAUUGCAGCCUUGACUGGUGUACUGCACAUGUUGCUAUAGCGAUACUGUGCAUUUUUUCUAUGUACACAGAACUGUGCUGAUACCAAACAACCACACUACUUGUCAUUUCAUUGGACAUGAGAAAUGUCCCAGUAUUUUUGUUGAUAAAGGGGCUUCUUUUAUCAGAUGAGCCAUUGAAAUAAACAACAAACUGAAUA